GAGGAGAGGAGAGUAGAGGGGAGGGAGGCAGAGCCAAGAGAGAAACAAAAAACGUGACUAGGCACCCAAAGCCUCCUGUUAUGCAACAACUGACCUACUAACAUACAUUAGAGACUCGGCAGCGAAAAGAAAGAGAGCGAAAGGAGGAAAUAAAGAGAGGAAAAUAAAAAGAGGGAGGGGAGGAAGGAAUCGGAGCGAUCAUGACGGGAGGAGCGCACCAAAACAAGCCACUGUGGUUCCACAUCCACCGCCGCAAACAGCGGAGAGAGCUGAAGGCUUGGAAAGCGUGAGGCAAUUUUAAAGAGAGCGCUGGAGACCGAUGGAGAGAAGCGGACUGCUGGACAACACAGCUGUGUGCGCCCCUUUUUGGAUUCUCUGAUUUUUAUUUUUACGCAUGUUCAAGGGUGUCAUCUUGCAGAGAGAACGGAGUGACGGAGGGAAGCUAAGGCCAACAUACCCGAGAGACUAACAUGCUGAGAUAAACCAAACGUCCUACAUCCUGCAGCCUGUGUGGAGAUCUAGGACACUUUGCCCUCAGCUCAGCAAACUGUGUUGUUCUUCUACCAACCUUUAGUAACCAAGACUGGAGACUGAUCAAAUUCACCUCUGGGUUCUUUGUUGGAUAACGUGGAUAAAUGAGGGUUGCCAGCGUUACAUAUAAAUUGUUCUUCAUCUGUUUGAGGUAUUUAGACACAUAACUCUCAAACAAUAAACAAGUUUCCUGCUUCAGGAGGCAAGGUGCUUGCAUUAGUUGGAAGUGGCUACCAGUUUCAAGAAUGGAAAACUUAAGUCCACCUCUGAAAACACUGAGUAAUCCCUCAGGGAACAACCUGAACAUUGAGACCUACAAUGGUUACGAAGAGACUCUUCAAGGGACACCAGGUCGCUUAGGGCGUAUGAUCAAGCCCAAGCCCAAUGUCACCUGCAGACGAAAGCGUCAGUUCAUUUCUGAUGAGAAAAAGGACGCCUCUUAUUGGGAAAAGAGGCGCAAGAAUAAUGAAGCGGCCAAGCGCUCUCGGGAGAAGCGCCGUCUCAACGACAUGGUUCUGGAGAAUCGUGUUAUCGCACUGAAUGACGAGAAUGUGAGGCUCAAGACUGAGCUGCUCCAGUUAAAGUUGCGCUUUGGUCUCAUAAGCACAGCCUCCUACAUCGAGAAGAGCCAACAAAUGAACGUAGGAAGCGAUGCAGGAAAUGGAGGCUGUUCCUCAUCCUCCUCUUCUACUCAGUACUACUCCAGCGGCUACUCGAGUGGUUCUCAGGUGAUGAUUAACUCUGACUCUUCAGAAACAGAGCAGUCAGGGCGCAGCGAUGGCCACAGGCAGCUGGUGAAAUACUCUCCCCGAGGCUCCCUCUCUGACCUGUCCGAUGGCUCAUCCAGGGACAGCCCUGAGCCGAUUCCGUUUGAGAUCAAACAGGAGGGCGACAGAUUGGAGAUGGACAUCACCAGUGGCACCACAACCCAGAUUAUGUUCAACAUUCACAGGGGUCCAGCUUCUUCGUCUGCACACCACCAGAUUAAGCAGCAACAAGAGAUGGAGGCUGCAUAUCACCACCAGCCCCAUCUAAUUCAGCAGCAAUCACAACCCCAUCAGGAAACCGCUUCUGCUAUCAAAAACAUCAGCCAGGCUACCCCUAACCCCCCUGCUGCCCAAAGAAGUGUAAUCCUGUAUGGUGCCAGCAGUGCCUCCUAUCCGGUAGAUAUCGUCAGCAGGCCCCAGGAUGUUGAUGUGCAAGUAGCCUUAAAGCACAGCAGCAGCCAACUGCAGCAGUCAAUCACAGAGACCUCCUCAGAGACUCUCGCUGAGGUAACAAAGCAACUGGAGAGAAAGACAUUGGACUCCCCUCAAUAUGAGCUUUCUGACAGCUUUAGUGAAGUUAAACAGAGAGAGGUGUACAGAGUCUGCCAACUUACCCAGCAACAGUUAGAGCAGAGACAAGAGGACGAAUCACCUGUAGCUACCCACUGUGAACAGGUAGAGGGCGUCACCCAGGCCCAGUUGUGUCAGCAUCUUCAGCAACCUCAUCAUUCCUACCUCAGUGCACAAGAUGAGGAGCCACCAGUGCUUAGCUACGAGGGUGGACCCCGAGCCAACAGUUAUCUUCAAAGCCAAUCAACGUCGUUAAGUGACGGCGAUCCCUGCAAUUCUGACAAAGAGGCAUCGACAGAUGAUGAGGAAUCGCUGUCUUUGUCCUGCCCAGAUAUGAGCAGCCUCCACAACCAACAUCUUUCUGGGAUCCUUCAGUCCGGGUUGCCUCUUCCCCAGUACCCAGGCUGCUUCCAGAUGCAGGGCUGGGAUCCCCAAGGGGAGGUAAGGGGGACAGCUCUGCCCCACAAACUCAGACUCAAACACCGGGCAAUGAGUAGCGGCAGUAGUGGUGGCAACUGCUCUGGACAAGACUCCCCGACCUCUCCGCCGUCUGCUACCCCACCUCCUUUGCCUCAGCACCCCUACCUUUCCCUCUCGCCUUUGGAGAACAUUAAGCAAGAGCGUCCAAGUGGAGCUUGCAAACUUGUAGCAUCAGAAGGGGGGCCAAGGAAAGACAGUGGCAAAAAGGAAAGUGGUGGGAGACGGAACAAGAGGCGAGAUUAGGAGGCAAGUUCUCCUCUAAGACUGCUCUGCCAUCAUGCCUUUGCCCUACCAUAAAAUGCCCUUCUGAAGCAUCUGGGACAUGAUUCCAGGCUUCCCUAUCCCUCGAUUUGGGAGAAAAAAACGGACACAUUGUAGGGCUGUGUAUCAUAUUUGUAUAUGUUGUACAGAUUUUGUCAUUUCUUACAUCCUCUCCAUACUUACUGAAGCAUGUUGUCUAUAGGGUGAGGAGAAAUGAAACUCCCUGUUUUUUCUACUUUCUCAUUCAGCAGCAUCCAGCAGAAUACACCGGCUAAAGCACAUUUUUGAUAGUAUACGAAAAGGAAUGUAAAAAGAAAAAAAUCCACUUACCACAAAUUUGAUACAUGUUCAGAUGUAGAUAAACAUACAAAUGUAUGGGGUCUCUGCCUUAACUACAAUCAAAUGCAAAUGAACACCUUCGACCAAAGAAGCACCAAUACAACAACUAUUAGUUUUCAUACCUCUUCCCUGGCCCUACCUCUGCCAACCCCUCUCCCUCUUAGCCAUCUGCAUUAUUCCACGAAAGAUCACAUCACAGUUAUUUUUGAAGCACUUGUUUUGUACAUAAAUUUGAUGUAAAUGAAUACAUGUAUCUAUUUUCUGCAUCUAUUUAAAAAAAUGAAUACACAUUCAGUAGAAAUGCAGCAGAAAUGAUGUAUCUGAAAAUGACUGUUCUCUGACAAAUCACAACUAUCGCACAGUGGGGGUGCAACGAGAUCUCGUGGCAGGAGAUUUUUUUAAGGGCCUGAUUCAAUUGGAAAUAUAACAUGACAUUGAAGUGACAUUUUUACAGAUUCAAACAAGUUGAGACUCUUUAUCCGAAGGUUGAAAUCUAAAAACUCUUCGGUCAUAACAUUUUAAAAUCAUAUUGGACACAUCUUCCUAAAGCCCACUCUGCCUAGGACGGUUCUGAUGCUGUGAGAUGACAAACCUGUUAACCGGCCACACCAAAUCGCCAAGAACACCUUGAAAAAAAGCUUAAAUCAAAUCAGCUGCUGUUCUUUAACCCCUAGGAGUGUCUAUCUGCCAUAUAAAACCACUGCGGUGUGAUGGCGGAGAGCCGCCUUAUUGCUUAUUAUAUGUUGCUACAAAAUUGGAAGGACCACAUGACUCAUAGAUGGGAUGUAGUAUUUAACAGGCUAGUAGAUAAUGGGUAGGGUUGUACUUAGUUUCUUAUAUCAGCAACAUGUGUGACCUAAAACCAGACUUCAAUGAUUGUAGAGUGAGCAUUAGCUGUCAACGAGGCUAAAGUUAGCAUCUCCAUCGGUGCCUCCAAAUACAGAAAUAAACAUUAGGUAAAAUGAUAAAUUCUAAAACUGGAUUAUUCUACGAUACAUUUUUGAAAUUUCAAAAAUAUUAAUGCUAUUUUUAAAAAAACUAGAAGGAAAGAGCGAAACUGAAAGCGUGGACAAAUCAAACCUGGACUUAAAUGUUAUAUACAGACUCCAGAGAUAUAUAUGUAAAAGAACUGGCAAUUUUUUGUAUGUUUGCUUAAAAAGAGAUAAUAUGGACCCCCUAAUUCUUGUUAAUGGUAACCCUGUAACCCCAAAUGUAUCAUAUUUGAUACAUGAGGUUUUUAAAAACCUCUACAUCAUCAGUGUGAUUUCCUGAUAAACCUGAUGAACACAAUCAAACACGUGUAGUGAACAGAAAUGAUACAAAUCAAACCUCCUAUAUGUAGUUUGACAUUUUACUUGUCACAGGACCCCAGUAAAAAUAAAAACUUUUUUUCUGAAAAUGAUGUCAUGUUUCUAUUGUUGAGGAUCUUGCCUGAUAACUGGAUCUAUUUCUCGUGUCACGAGUUGCAUUGUUACACCCCUACUGCACAGCCGUGCUGUUAAUGGUUGCUACAGGAUACAUUCAGAUUAAACAUCUCUCUUCUGUAAGCUUUUGGGAUUAAUCAGUAAUAAAAUGUCUUGUUUACAGAGAAAUGGUCAUCCAGUUCGGAGAGCCAGGAGCACUGAAAGGAAAAUACGUUUUCUCCCUGAGAGGGUGGCCUCAUUAAAACAUUAGAAUUAAUAAACCUUUAACCAGCCUUUAAAUAUUUGGUGGGAAUCACCGGCUGCAGGCUUUAAGCCUUUAGUUUCUUUAAGCUUUAUCAACCGUAUCUUGUUACCAUUCGUUCACUGGCCCCACUGUAUUUAUUUCCCUCUUCGUCAAAAUGCCAUUCACUGUAAAAAAUAAUAAUAAAAAAAAGAAUAAAAAAAAAAAACAACAGACAGAGAAUGU